CAAGUCGAAGUCAAGUGCCACCUCGACAACUCGUCUCGUCAUCAUCCAACCGAAUCGCAAAAAAUCCCCACCACCAUGAAGCUCCGGUUGCGAUCCAUGGAUGCGCGCGGCGCCGCCGCGGAGACCCACCGCGUGGACCUGCCGCCCACAGCCACGCUCGCCGACGUGAGGGCCCUCCUCUUCGCGAAGCUCUCCGCGGCGCAGCCCGUUCCGGCCGAGUCCGUCCGCCUCUCCCUCAACCGCUCCGAGGAGCUCUUCGCGCCCGACCCCGCUGCCACACUUCCCGCCCUCGGGCUCGCGUCCGGUGACCUCGUAUUCUUCACUCUCUCCCCACUCACGCCCCUCGCGACGCCGGCUCAGACCCUGCCGCAAAACCCUAGCCCGUGUUCUGCUUCGGUCGCAAAGUCUGUCGACCGCGGCAAAUGUCCGGAGCAGCCUGGUGCUGGAGGUUCCUCUUCGCAGGUGCAAGCUGUGGACGUGAACCCAAGCGUACCGGCCGCAUCCGAUCCGCUGGAUGUGGUGACGGCGGAGGCCGUCGAUACCACAAAGGGCUGGUUGAGUUUCGUUCUUACGGAUCUCAAGAGGGAGAUGGAGAAUGCGUGUGGCGCUGAGGGAACCGUCGGCGGUCGCCUGGUUGCAGCCCUACAUGCAGCUCUGCUUGAUUCCGGCUUCCUCACCUCAAAUCUGAUGGGGUCUCUCUCGCUGCCGCGGAGCUGGCCGUCAGGUGCUUCUGAGCAGUUGGCCAUCAAGUAUACCAUACCAGAUCUUGUAGCAAUGUUACCUGUGGCUGAGGAGGGGAAGGUGGCAGUGUUGAACUUUUCCUUGAUGGGAAAUUUCAUGAUGGUAUAUGGGUAUGUGCCUGGGGUUCAGUCUGAGGUGUGCCGGUUGUGUAUGAUGUUGCCAAAGCUUGAGCCUUUGCUGUACCUGGAUAGCGAUCGGCUGAGUAGAGUGCAGGAGAGAGAGAUUCUUGAGCUGUGGAGAGUGCUGAAGGAUGAGAUGUGCCUGCCACUCAUGAUAUCUUUGUGCCAACUGAACAGUUUGCCCUUGCCGCCAAGCUUGAUGGGUCUGCCUGCAGAUCUCAAGACUAAGGUCUUGGAGUUUGUUGAUGGGGUGGAUCUUGCAAGAGUUGAGUGCACGUGCAAGGAAAUGAGGAAUCUUGCAGCAGAUGAUAGUCUUUGGAAGAAGUUUGUUCUGAAGUUCAAAGAUCAUGGUGAGGGUUCUAGUCAGAACAAGAGCGCGAAGGCAAGGUUUGCGGAAGCUUGGGCUGCCAAUAAGAAGCGGCAGAAGAGGCCCAGUCCAAUGUUUUGGGACUAUGGUUGGGGGAACAUCCCAUAUAGCCCACUGAGGUUUCCAGUGAUUGGUGGGGACUCAGACAGACUCCCGUUUCUUGGGAAUUACAAUAAUCUUGGGCGUAGCUUUGGAAAUCAACGGAGGAACAUCUCACCGAACUGCAAUCUUGAUGGUCACCGCCGUAAUUUCCUUGGUUGAAGUCAUUUCAUAAGUUUUACUAGUAUGUUAAGAGUAUUUCGUAAAAGGGGUAGAACAACGGAUAUACUGUCUUGUACAUAUCUAUAAGUUGCACACUUAUGCAUGCUCACAGCACUCUUAUCCUCAUAUCUCCUCGUACUAUCUUAGAUCCUGUCUUUUCAGUUUUCUGGUGAUAUGAAUGUAAUCCAUGCCCAAAUAGUAAAGUACCUUUGUUCUAUUCUGAGACAAGUGAGCUAGCUAUUGUUAUUGGUUCAAUGUGUAGAGAUGUAUAGCUAAGCUAAUAAUAUC